CAGUGUUCAGGGGAAGUGGCGGUGUUAAUACGGCUGAAGUUAUAAAGUUAUAAAGGAGCAGGAGAAUGGCUGUGUAGGGUUUAAGCGUCGGUUGGUUUUAUCAACUCUAUAUUUAUAUACUGGAUAUUUUCCUACUUGGAGUGCGGUGUGCAGGACAACAGGAUACAUAAUGAAGUAUAAACAGAACCAGAUGGCGAAGGCACUGUAUGACAAUGUGCCCGAGUCGCCAGAGGAGCUGUCGUUCCGUAAAGGCGACAUCCUGACGGUGAUCGAGCAGAACACGGGCGGCCUGGAAGGCUGGUGGCUCUGCUCACUGCACGGGCGCCAGGGCAUCGCCCCAGGGAACCGCCUCAAGCUCCUCAUCACACCCGUGUUCGAGGGUAAUAAACCAUCCACACCCUCAUUAUCACCAAAUUUGGCCCACCAGCAACAGAGACCCCGCACCCCCCAGGGCAUGUACCAGCCCAACCAGGGGUCCCAAGCACAGGGCAUCUACCAGGUGCCACCCAGCCAGGACGUGUACCAGGUCCCGCAGAGGAGCGCGCUGGCAGCUGAUGGAAUGCCAAGCAAGGUGACGACCCCGACACGAGUUGGACAGACGUACACUUAUAACCCUGCAUCCAGCAACUCUCAAGACCUCUAUGAUGUGCCUCCUAUGCGAACUCAAGGGGUGUAUGACAUCCCAGCUGGGAAAAAAAAAGGAAAGCUGGGAAGUCCUCGAGCCCAGGGUCUUUAUGACAUUCCUCCGACACAGGACACAAGGAAUCAGGGAGUGUAUGACAUACCACCACCAUCGCAAGGGGUUUAUUCUGUACCACCGGCUAAAAGCAACUUGGAUCAAGAUGAGGGCAAUUAUGACUUUCCCCAGCCUCACAAAAAGAAGCCAGAGGGUGUAUACGAUGUUCCACCUACGUCCCUGCCUAAAUCCACCCAGUCAAACUAUGACUUCCCUCCAGCUAACUGCAGCACCUCCGUCUAUGACAUUCCAGCAAGCCAGCUUAAUUCUGGAGCAUCCCACGACUUAUACGACGUCCCACGUGGGAUUCAGCAGCAAAUGCAGUGCAAGGAACGCGAUCGCAACAAGGGCAUCUACGACGUCCCACCUGCGGAUUCUCGAUCGGUGGCUGAUGUGACUGAAGGCAUGAACCGCUUAUCGUUUUCCAGCACAGGGAGUAGCAUGUCCACUUCUUCAUCUUCAGCUAGUUCUCCAGCAGAGGGCCGUCUCAUGCUGGACCUAGAUUCUGCCUUACAGAAGCUCAGCCAUCUGCAGCAAGGCCUGGAGACCUCUCUCGCCGCUCUCCAGACGCUGGCCUCCUCAUCCAGCUGGAGAACUUAUGGCUUCAUGGAGCGCUAUGCUAAUGAAGUGCGCUCCACUAUGGAGCGUGUUCGUAGCACGCUUGCUGAUUUCCUUGCUUUCGGUAAAGGUGCUGCCGUAAAUUCCACCACACUGUCGGACCCAGCAUUGCACUCGAAACUGAGAAAGCAGCUGCAAAGGCUGGAGGACUCGCAGCAGAUCCUGCAGCAGAGCCUGGAAAACAGUAGCUGGGCACUUGCGACUGGCAAGCAGCAGAGUAAAAGUGAUGAACUGGACCGCUUUGUUAUGGUGGCACAAGCUCUUCCUGAUGAUGCCAAGCAGUUGGUGUCCACGGUACGGGGCAAUGCAGAGCUUCUAUUCCGCAGGGCACCUAUAGAGGGUGUCGUUCACCCUUUUACUUGCAACCCAAUAGAAGAGGAAAGCUACAGCGGCCAAACCAAACCAUUCCCUGUGGUUCAGGACAGCGAACAGUGCGUCAAAAGCUGGAUGGAGGAUUAUGAUUAUGUCCAUUUGCAGGGUAAAGAAGAAUUUGAGCGACAGCAGAAGGAGCUCUUAGACAAGGAGAACAUCAUGAACCAGAGCAAGGUCAAACUGGCACAGGAACAGCUGAACCAGUUUAAACAGCUGGAGCAGGAGGCGAUCAAACCUGUAGACAACGACAUCACACAGUGGAUCUCACAUCAGCACUCCACAGGUUCCUCCUCCUCCCCAUCAGAUUGCUCCUCCAUGUCUUCUGCUGGAAGUGGAGUGCAGUUAUGUGGGCGGGACCGACAGCUCCUGGCCUUCUACGGAGAGCAGUGCGAGCAGCACUUUGUGACUCUCCUGAACGCCGUGGACGCAUUCUUUAGCUGCGUGGCGGCCGGCCAGCCUCCACGGAUCUUCGUGGCUCACGCCAAAUUCGUCAUCCUCAGCGCUCAUAAGCUUGUAUUUAUCGGAGACACCCUGUCGCGGCAGGCGACUGUGCCUGAAGUGGCCAACCGGGUGAUGGACUCCAGCAACAUACUUUGCGAGCUCCUGAAAACAGUGGUGGGUGCCACCAAAAUUGCGGCCCUGCAUUAUCCCAACACGCCAGCGGUGCAGGAGAUGGUGGACCGAGUCACGGACCUCUCACAUCACGCACAGCAGUUUAAAAUGCAGCUCUUACAAAUGGCAGUGUUGUGAUCUGUUCAGUGUCAUAAUGAAGACUUUGUAUUAUAUAUAUUAUGUUAUAUAUUAUAUAUUACGCACAUUGACGAAUGCCGGCUUUGUAAAUAGUACUGUAUCCUGUGUAAAUAUUCGGCUCCAUUUCAUUUCGAUUUGUUUUGUAUCAGAAGAACGGGAUGGAUACAUGACUAUAAAGUUACUUUCUAAAGCAGCAAGAGUAACAUUCAGUUUGUUUUGCUUUUUUAACGAGCACCUUAUACAUUUGCUCUUAUGACCAGUAGAUAAAAGCUGCACCUGCUACUGGAAAAGCAGUUCUUUACAUGUUCUUGCUGCAUGUGUGAAAGAGUGUUAAAGUAAAAGACUCAUUUAACACACGA